CAUUCACGCCACCUACUUGAACCACACCGCUUAAAGAUCACCACAUUUUUGUCGACAGUGCAUCUAUAUUGGCAGGAAUGCAAAUACUUUCGCUCCUCAUCCACGUUUUGCUCAGCCAGCUGCUGAUUGCGCUGAGCGCAGCCCAAGGCUGCUCCAGCAUCGCCGUUCGUCGGGACAUUCUGAGUUUGUCACCUGGUGAAUGGGACCGCAUCGCUAACGUGCUCCGGCGCAUGAAUAACGAGGGCUGGUUCCAGUACCUCAGCUACAUCCACAACGCCGAAUUCGGCAACAUUCACGGCAACGACAUGUUCUUCCCUUGGCACCGCCGGUUCCUUCGCGACUUUGAAGAGAUCGGCCAGCGCUAUGACGGCGGUUUUGCUGUUCCAUACUGGGACGUCCUUAGAGACUACCGCAACCCCGCCGGAUCGCCCGUGUUCUAUCCGCAGCUCAUGGGCGGCAACGGGUUCGGCGGGUGUGUGCCUAAUGGCGUGCACCAAGGAUGGACGCUAUCGUUCCCCAACAACCACUGCCUAUCGCGCGCUUUUGACCGCGGCGGCGGCAUCCAGCCUUGGUACUCGCCCGAGUACAUCUACUCGGUGAUGCAGCGCGACGGCUCGAUGAGCAGCUUCCGCCAGCACAUCGAGUUCACCAUCCACGGCAGCGUGCACCUGGGCAUUGGCGGCGACAUGAGCACGUACUGGAGCCCCAACGACUUCAUCUUCAUGCUGCACCAUGCAAACUUGGACCGUCUGUGGCAGCAGUGGCAGAACUGGGGCCACCAGAUGACAAUGGACGGCCGCGAUUCACGCGGCAACUGGGUUGGCCUGGGGAGCCCCAUCCCGCACUACAACGACGAGGUUGCUUCUACCAUGCAACUCGGCGUCAACCGCAUGUGCUUCCAGUAUGCAGGUGUCGGCGGCGCCCGCGCUAUGAGCUUCUCAGUGUCGGGUCGCAACGAAAACCGCCUGUCGCUUGUGUCAGUGCCGCCAGCCAACUCGACCAGCAGCACCACCGAGGCGAACCUGGCUGGACUGCCUGAUCAUAUUCUGCGGAAGUGGUUCCCUAGGCUGGCCAAGGCCAAGGAAAUGAUGAAGCAGCGCAAUACCACGCGAACCACCAUGUCGCCGAACAUCAGCUCUGGUGGCCAAAUGCUGGUGCCGCCCACAAAGCUCACUGACUCUUGGAUCAACAUGCACAGAUUUGACCGUAGCAGCGUCAACAAGGUGAUGCAGGAGGCGCAGGAGUUUGUGAGCGACAUGAACUCGGUAAACUACCUCUCGCCAUUCUGAGGGCGGGGGCAUAGGCUAUAAUGAGCGGGAAACUGCUGAGCAGUUUUGAUUGAUUUCUUGUGAAUAUGCAAUAUAUGCCCGAGCACAUGCC